UCCACACUGUUCAUCAAGUCUCUCAUCUCCUACCUUACUGGAAACGCUUUCUACACUACAUGCACCUGGAUCCAUUCUGGGUAACAAGGAAUCAGCAGUCAGACUAAAGAGCUCAGUCUCAAGCCUACAGAACUCAUUGCACAAUUUAAAAGACUCAUUACACAACCUCAAGAGAUCUUCUUCUUCUUCUGCAAUUCAAAGCGUCAAACCUGGCUUGUGUAAUGCGCCUACCAAUUUCCACAGUUCCAGCACUAGCUUCAGUAACUCCAGUUCAAGUUUGCCAAGCGGAAGAUCAAGUGAAGAUGACAGUUGGGACACAAACAGUUGGAGCUCAGGAGCCACCUGUCUACUGCGAAGCUCUAUCAAGCAGCACAGCGAGGAGGUCUUUAGAGUCCGUGCCAGCUCAGGCAGUCGGCCUAAACUGGCGAGUGACUCGGAGUCUGGCCACCAGAUCUCGGACCGCCAGCACAGCGAAAGAAAGCCAGAAAGCCAAAAAACCUCAGAGAAAGGACCCAUGGAAUAUAAAGUCAAUGUGCCGAGCCAGAACUCCAGUCAUUACAGCUCUGCUGUUUCAGCACAGUUCGAACAGAAAAUAGAAGCCAAGCUCAAAUUUUCUCAAUUUCUCAACGAAGUAACCUGCAGAGUCCUGGAUCCUGAGAGUCUACAAGCUUUUGGUUUAGUACGCCAGAAAGAGGCAUCUGUUCCAAGUCUGCCGUCGUCUCUGGCCAGUUUUUCCUUCUCCUCUUCACUUUCCUCUCAACAGUCAACACUUUCUAGCUCUCACGUUGGUUUAAAUAAAGACCCUCUACCCAGCUUCUGGGAAUCCAAAAAGAGUAACACUGUUCCAUUUGUGACCCAGUGGAAAAAGUGCAUGCCAAGCUGCAAAGUGCUGGAUUCCACAGAGUCUCCAAACAGGGUGCCUAAAGAAACACUAUUCAGGGAACAAAGAAGGAAAAAGGUCAGUGUACAGACAGAAGAUGAGCAAAAAUCUACCAAAGUUCAAAAUAAAAAGAAGGAACAGCAAAGAGAAAAGGACAAGGCAGGGAGAACAUCGCUGUUUAUUAGUCCCAACCUAGGGCAAAAAAACGCGGUUGGAGGAAAACAACAGAAGGGGGUUUCGGUUAAGGAAGACUGCAUUCUAAGGACCCUGGACAGCUCAUCCUCACCCAGGAUAGUUUACAGUAAUUUAGCCUCUGACGGAGCGACACGUGUCAUUAGUUCAUUGCAGGAACAAAAGGAGGACCUACGGAAGCGGCUGACCUACACCACCCAUAAACUGGAGAUGCUGGAGUGUGAGUUUGAUGCCACCAAGCAGUACCUGGAGACGGAACUGAAACGGGCCCAGGAAGAGCUGGAGAAAUUCACUGACAAGCUACGCAGGAUACAAAGCAGUUAUACAGCACUGCAGAGGAUAAAUCAGGAACUAGAGGAGAACUUUAACCAAAAGACACAGCAAUAUGAAGAGGAGAAAAGGACACUCACUCGUGAGAUCGUCGUACUCAAUAGUCAUUUAAUGGAGGCCAAAAUCACUAUUAAAAAGCUAAAAGAAGACAAUGACCUGUACAAGAAGGACUGCAACAGUGUAGCUCAGCUCCUGCAGUGUGGAAAAUCCCAUCACAGAGCACCGAAGCAGUCCAAGCUCCCCAAUGACUUCCAAGAAAAUGCAAGUUCUCAAAUAAAAGAUCAUGGGCAGGGGAGAGGCAAGGCCCUGCGCCACUCACCCUACUCUGAUGCUGCGUCAACAGUCAUCGCCAAAGUACUGGAGAAGCCUGAGCCAGGUAGUAGCUGCCCAGUCACUCGCUCACCAAGCCCACUGCCUCAAGAUCCAGAAUUUCUGGCAAAAAGCGCAAUGAACAGUGUAGAUACUCUCCAACACCAUGGUGUAUAUAAAUCUUCUGACCUGUACUGCAGUGACACGGCACUGUAUUGUCCCACGGAUGAGGGGCGACAGGAUCGCUGGCAGGGGCGUCCGAAGAGCGUGGACCUCCAAGGUAGCGUUCUCGAACCGAGGAUUUCCACAGAGAGACACUUGGAGGAUUACAACUUUCACUCUCAGUACUCUCCUAAUGAUGUGGCUCUACACGAAUUUGCAGCAGGCUCCACGCCAACGUCAGGCUCCUACUCUAGCUUUAGUGUGGCUUCAGAUGAGAAGGGCCUUGCUCCCAGCAGCACCCUUUCCUCUUCUCACCUGGCUCUAUACUUGGACUGGUGGGAUGGCGAUUAUGAGUGCAAAAGCACGUUGUCAUAUGACAAGGAGAGCCCCAGGUUUCCUAAGUCACACAGCUUUCAACAUAUGACCUCGAGUCCACAAAAGGGUAACUCUCCAGUCUAUAUGCGUACACCGUCUUGCUACAGCGAGCCAUAUCGCUCAACACGGCUUAGUUCCUCUCACAGCACCGGCUCCCCGGGAGUGCCAAAAGACAGCUGCGGUAGCAUCCGUAUUCCCGAGGAGGACCUACUAGGCCGCUGGAGGCAUCUGAGUGUGGAGGACAUCAACAGCUUUUCAUAUCGCAAUCCUGGCCGUGUUUCUCCUUACAGCUUUUCUGAGCAGCACUUUGCCAUGGGCCCUUCUCAGACCAAAUUAGGUCCCCUGUACAGCACUGUGCGGAAAGGAGACGACGCUUUCCACACAGCGUUGCCAGAUUCCUGCUUCUCCACUUCACCUGGCUCCAGCUUGGCACCAAGCCCCAAGCACAGUCUUGGCUUGUGUAAGACUGAAAAGGGGCCAAUGAAUCAGUCAAACAACAGCCUCCAAGAGCAUAAGAGCACCCUUUUCCUUGCUGGAAUCCCAAAAGACAACGAGAGCACUGUGAGCAACGAAUAUGUAGAGGUAAGCCGGAGGAGCUCAGCCGAAACAUUACACCAGUCUCCACUGGAUGCUUCCAGUGCACGGCACUACCAGCUUCAAAGUCCAGGGCCACAUAGGAAGACUUCUCCACAGCACCAAAAAUUCACAAGCACAGGACUUAGUCGAAAGGACAGUCUCACCAAAGCUCAACUGUAUGGGACACUGCUUAACUGAGUCAUUUAUCUAUAGUUGAACAACUCACCUGGCUCACUGACUCACCUGGCUACAUUCUGAACAAGAAAAACUUUUGGUGUGGUAAGUCGGUGGCUGUAAAAGUGUUAGAAGGACUAAGGGAGGUGUUAAUUAGAGCAUUAACAUUUAAAGUACCUUAAUCAUUCUGUAUAAUACCAGAAUAGGUUUUAUAUAUACAAUACCUCUCAAAACAUUGGAUACACCUUCUCCGUCAGUGGUUUUCCUUCUCUUUCUUUUAUUUAAGACAUCCAAACUAUGAAAGAACACAAAUGAAAUUAGGUCGUAAACAGUAUUAAACAACUAUAUAUUGUUAAAUAUAUUGAAUAUAUUUUAUCCAAAGUAGCUACAUUUAGCUUUGAAGACACCUUGGCAAACUCAUGACAUUCUCUUAUCAGAUUCACAAGGUAGUCACCUGGAAUGGUGUUCGACUCACAGGUGUGCAUUGUCAAGUGUCAAUUUGUGACGUGUCAUUUAAUCUUAAUCUGCUUUAGACCAUUAGUUGUCUUGUGCCGAGAAAAGGGUGAGUACAGGGACAAUAGCUCUAUUAGUGCUACUACAACUGCAUGUAUAAGCCAUAUUAUGGAAAAAAAAACUUAAACGUCCCCCCAAGUGUAGUCUUCCAAACCACGAAACAAUAUGAUGAAAAAAGGCUCUUAUGAGGACCGACCCAGGUAAGGAAAACCAAGGAAGGAAAAGCAGUCAACAAGUACUCAACACCUGUGGGAACUUCUACAAGAUUGUUGGAAAACCAUUCCAGGUUCCAUAACUCAUGAGGCUGACUAUGGGAAUGUCAAGAAUGUGCAAAGCACUCAUCAAUGCAAAAUUUGGUUUUUUAAAGAAUCGAAAAAAUAAAACAUAAUCUGGGUUAUUUGGCACAUUUAUUGAUUAUUUCAUAUGUGUCAUAAUUACAAUGUGUUCAGUAUUAAUAAACAAUAUUAAAAAUGAAAAAAAUUAAGAAAAACUAUUGAAUAAGAAGGUGUGCCCAAACUUUUGACUGGUAGUGUACACUUGCACUAGCCUUGACAUGGAUUUGCAAUGAUUGCAGACAUAUUUUCUGUAAUUAAAGCUACUAGCACACAUAUGCCAAGCAAUCAUUUAGUUGAAAAAGUUACAAAAUUCUACCUAACUGCAUAUGAAAUUGUAGAGCAAAGUGAGAAAGGGCAUUAGCUAGGUUAAAGUCCUCUGCUUUAAAAGCGUGACUUGGAAUAUUUGCAUGGAAUGUCCUCAUAAUGCCUUUAUCCAUUAAGGUAUUUACAAAGUAAGCCUCUAGUACACGAUUCGUGUGGAUUUUUGUGUCCUGGUUCUUAAAAUGAACAAAAGUCUUAUUAAUCCAAAACAAAAGCUUAUUUUAAACCACUAGACUGUUUACAACAUGCGAUUUGUGCAACUGCAUUCACUGUAUUUUUGUGUCAUGUGAAAAACAAAUUCUCAAAAUUUCCUCUGAAAUUAUUAGAUGCAAUGACUUUUGCUUUAUGUCUGCAUUUGUUAGAAUUAUUUAUGUUUGCUAAUUAUUAUUUUUCAACCUGCUGCAAUUUAGAUUGACCCACUGUGAAUGAGUAAUAGAUAGAAUGAGGUUUUAUCUACUUCUAUUUAUUCAUUUAUUGAAUUUUGUUUGUUUGUUUGAACCCUUUUCACUUUCAAUAUACUGUGCAUGUAUUUGCCAGUUUAUUAGGAAUACCUAACUUGUAGUUGUACUCAGUGCUCGAAUUUAGGCUGGGGGGGAUCCAGGACUCCCCAUAAGGCAUUAGGGACCCCCAUGACAAAUAAAAAAUAGUCUUAGGGGGGUCCCAAAGAUUAUUUUAGUAAAAAAUAUAUGAAUUACACAACUGGGGAUCCUCCAUAAGACUUGACUCAAUUCGAGCACUGGUUGUACUAAACCUUUGGCUACAUAUAAAUAGGCCAAGUUUACGUCUGAAUAAAUACACUAAUCUUUAUUGCAAAUAAAUAAAUCAAUUAAAAAAUGUUUGUGAACACGUGAAAAUCACAACUAUAGAUGGACCUUCCCCAAACAUCAACUCACUGAAAAGGCAUUUACCAUCAUCAGCCAAUCCCAUUUAACAACCAAUAGGUGAAAUGAAUAAUGUUGAUCUCAUUAUAGCACCUAUUAAGUAAUGGGAUAUAUUAGGCAGCAGGUUCCAGAAGUUAAUGUGUUAAAAGCUGGAAAAAUGGCCAAGCACACCAAGUUACACCUCCUCAUGACCUCUUUUAGCAAGUAACUCCUCCUCACACAUCCACAACAUUGCACCAAAUUGUUCAGGAACUGUUCGAAGAACAGGAGAAAGAAUAUGUCGCAUCGAGCACAAAAUUCGCCAGAACUUGGAAUCCGUGGAACAUGCCGAACAAACAAGUCUAAUGCAUGGAGGCUCCAGCUCAUGCCUGGAUAUUACAACACACGUUCAGAGGUCGCGUGGCAGAUCAGAACUGUUUGUACAUGGGGAACUGCAUAAUGCAAGGCAGGUAUAUUCAUUGUUAUGAAUGUGAUGAGUGUUCCAGUGAUCAGCCCCCUGUCCUCUACAUCUGCCUCUUUCAAACCAACUACCUGCAUGUUUUCCCUCACCACAUCCAUAAACCAC